AAUACGUAGCUAAAGCCCACACACAAGCGCACAUAAACUGAUUGCUGCGUACAUAUGUCUGUUUUCUACAUCGUACAAGCGGCUAAAGUUCAUCUACAAAUCCAUUAACAACAACAAGACGCAGUUGGCGAUUAGAUUUCGACAUACUCGACUCGAACAACUAAUAACUAAUCUUGGCUUUCUGCUCGCACGGACAAGUACUCGUUCGUUGUUUCUUCAGUUAGUGCGAACCAACCGUUAAAGACGGUCGGGUAUUUGGAAGUGACUGUGUGUUUGAAGUUAUUGAGACCUGUUUUAUAAAACUGCACUUUGGAUCAAGUUUGUUAAAAAAAAGUACUUUUUACAAUGCCAGUACAAGAAAUUAAUCCUGACCUACAAAAGGAGCGAAACACGGCCUCUUUUAAUCCAAAUGAGUUCUCAGUUUGGUGGGCUGGUGGCCCAGCACAGUAUGAACAAAAGAAGGCCUUGGAGAAAAUGUUUCUGGACGAUCCAGAAUUGAAAGAUGAUCUACCCAUAUCAUAUUUGUCUCACAAAGAGCUUUACGAGCACAGUCUGCGCAAGGCUUGUGUAAUUGGUGAGAAGAUCAGGAAGUUGCGCGCUGAAGGGGAAGAUGGCGUGGAUACCUACAACGCAUUGCUGGGCGGCUCACUUGGCGCGGCUAUUCUGAAGGAAGGAAAUCCCUUAACCCUUCAUUAUGUAAUGUUUGUGCCCACGAUUAUGGGACAGGGAACCAUGGAGCAGCAAGUGGAAUGGCUGAGCAAAGCCUGGGACUGUGAAAUAAUUGGCACCUAUGCACAAACCGAACUGGGACACGGCACAUUCCUGCGUGGCUUGGAGACACGCGCUGACUAUGAUGAGAAGACACAAGAGUUUGUCAUCAAUUCGCCAACAAUUACCGCCUACAAAUGGUGGCCCGGAGGCUUGGGCCACACAGCGAAUCACGCAGUCGUUGUUGCACAAUUAUACACGAAAGGGGAGUUCCGUGGCUUGGCGCCAUUCAUCGUGCAACUUCGUCACUCGGAUACGCAUGAACCGCUGCCAGGCAUAGACAUUGGCGACAUUGGUACAAAAUUAGGUAUGAAGGCAGUGAACAAUGGCUAUUUGGGAUUAAAGAAUGUGCGCGUGCCACUUAAGAAUAUGCUGAUGAAGAACCAGCAGGUGCUGCCCGAUGGCACUUAUGUGGCGCCUAAGAACAGUGUACUUACCUAUGGAACUAUGAUGUUUGUGCGUUGUGCGCUUAUUAGGGACACAGCACAGAGCUUAGCCAAGGCAUCCACUAUUGCGACGCGGUAUGCGGCGGUGCGACGUCAAAGCCCCAUUGAUCCGAAUCAGCCAGAACCACAGAUCAUGGACCAUACCACACAACAGCUAAAACUAUUUCCCCAAAUAGCCAAGGCGAUUGUGUUUAAGGCAACCGGCGAUGGCAUAUGGAAUAUGUACAAUGUGCUAUCGGGCGAAAUCGAGCAAGGAAAUCUGGAUCGUCUGCCCGAAAUGCACGCUCUUUCGUGCUGUUUGAAGGCCAUCUGUAGCGCCGAUGCUGCUGCGGGCGUUGAGACCUCUCGUUUGGCCUGUGGGGGUCACGGAUUUUUGGAAGUCUCAAAUUUUCCGACCAUUUAUGGUAUGACUACGGCUGUGUGCACAUACGAGGGCGAAAAUACGGUAAUGCUGCUGCAAACUGCACGAUAUUUGGUCAAAGUCUAUGGCCAGGCAUUGAAUGGCGAGAAGCUGGUGCCUACUGUGGCGUACAUCAACGAUUUUUUAAAGGAAAGACAGUUUGUGAAUUUCGAUGGAUCGUUGGAGUGCAUUGUCAGAGCUUUCCAUUAUGUGGCAGCCAACAAAGUGCGCAUCGCCUACGAACGCAUCGAACAACGACGCCGUCAAGGACAUAGCGCCGAGGUGGCUGCCAAUUUAUGUGGAAUAGAACUAACGCAAGCGGCAGAUCUCCAUGGACGUGCCUUUCUGGCGCAAUCGGCCUAUAAUGAAAUACUCGCUGUGUCACGCGCGGUUUCACCAGCCUUGGCUGAUGUCCUAAAGGUUGUGCUGGAGCUGUAUCUGAUCGAUGCCUGUCUUAAUCGCAUUGGCAACUUCUUGCGCUUUAUCGACUUAACGGAUGAUGAUGUCAGCAAGCUGGAGCUGCGUUUGGAGAGUUGCCUGAAAAGUUUACGUCCAAAUGCAGUUGCCCUGGUGGACAGCUUCGAUUUGCACGAUCGUGUCUUGGACUCGGCACUGGGCGCAUACGAUGGCAAUGUCUACGAUCAUAUAUUCGAGUCGGCAAAGAAGAAUCCACUUAAUAAGGAGCCAGUGAAUGCCUCAUUCCACAAGUAUUUGAAGCCGUUUAUGAAAGCGCACUUGUAGAACUCUCGCAUUGGCUCAACAAUUCAAUUCCGUAACUUGUUACUAUUGUCUAUAUCUUGUAAAUACAUAGCAUUGCCUAGCUUUAAAUAUAAUUGCAAUAUUAUAUGUUGAUCUACUAGUAAA